CCCUUAGCACAUUGCACGAUCUGCGCACGAAAGGGGUACACUCCGUUCUCGAAGACUGAAAGGCUAUGACUUGGCACUGCAUACGCCCGUCUCCGCCCAUUUUGGUACAAGGGCUUGACUGCUAUGGUAAAUGAUUUACCUAAUCGUGAAGUGUGGUAUGAAAAGAUGCUACAAGAUGUACUUUUCAGAGACAGAAUCAUUGACAUGCAUGUGCCCCCUUGGUGCAUUUGGGAUCUGUAUAGUAAUUGGGUGGUGUCGUGGUGGGUUGUCCGACAAUGGCCAUGGGAAAUAUCAGAUUCGUGGAUGAAUGAAGAAGAUCAUCGUAAGGAUGUGUCAACCCCUAUCAAUGGAUAUCAAUGGCCUGUACCCAUCCCCAAAGACACCACCCUAGAUCAUGUUCGGAUCGAGAUGCUCAAUCUGGGAGCAGAGUAUGUCUAGUUGGAUGUGCUCUGCCUGAGACAGAAAGGUGGGCUGAUGGAGGAUCUGCGUAAGAAAAGCAGAACGUAGCGCUGGACCAAGACAGAAAUGGAGACCUAUUUGUCAUCAACAGCACGCUAUUGGCAUUCGCAAAGAUAGAUGAACAGGUACGCCUACCA